UGAUCUAUCCAUUCAAAUUGCGCCGCUUGCCAAGGCGCCAUCUUUUGCUGCCAUUGAAAAUCCAUGCAGUUAAAAAGGCAGCAGUGCAUCGCUCUCCAUGCAACAUCUGUUAAUCUCAACUAGACCUCGUGAACCCUGGUUUAACUGUCUUGUAUGCCGCAUUGUCUAGGGAACUAGAUCAUUUAGCAAUACAAUUCUCUAUAAAUAGCAGUCUGGCAUUCUUCUCAAUAAACCACACAAAGAUAUUAGCAAUGGCAUCAUCAUCAGUACUCUUCUGCAUCCUCACCGCAUUUAAUCUCUUUUUUCUUACCAAUGCAUUUUUCACUGCAUAUCAAUCUCAGGCACGAGAGAAAACACCUCAUUCACUAAUCCUAGGUUUGACUCGUUCUAGGGCCUUCGAUCCUAAUCCACAAAAGAAUGUAGAUUCUGUAAGGAGACCAUCAGAGAGCUCAGACAUGAUGGAGCCACUGAGAGAAGUUAGAGAUGGAUAUUUGAUAUCUCUAAAUUUAGGAACACCGCCACAAAUCAUCCAAGUAUAUAUGGAUACUGGGAGUGAUCUUACUUGGGUUCCUUGUGGAAACCUAUCUUUCGAUUGCAUUGAGUGCGAUGACUAUAGGAACAAUAAGUUAAUAGCUGGUUUUUCUCCCUCCUAUUCCUCUUCAUCCUCUAGAGAUUCUUGUGCCACUCAUUUUUGCAUAGAUAUUCAUAGCUCUGAUAACUCAUAUGACUCCUGCACAAUGGCCGGUUGCUCCUUAAGUACUCUACUUAAGGGUACCUGCAGUAGGCCAUGCCCUUCAUUUGCUUAUACAUACGGUGGGGGUGUUGUCACUGGUACAUUAACUAGAGACACCCUCAGACUCCAUGGCAGUGACCAAAGGGUUGCUCGAGAGAUUCAGAGAUAUUGUUUUGGUUGUGUUGCAUCUACUUAUCGAGAGCCUAUAGGGAUUGCAGGAUUUGGCAAGGGACCACUUUCUUUCCCUUCACAAGUAGGGUUCCUUCAAAAGGGCUUUUCACAUUGUUUUCUUGCCUUCGAGUUUGCCAACAACCCAAACAUUUCAAGCCCCUUAAUCAUAGGAGAUCUUGCCAUCUCUUCCAAGGACCAUUUGCUAUUUACCCCAAUGUUAAAGAGCCUUAUGUACCCUAACUACUAUUACAUUGGUCUAGAGUCUGUAACAGUGGGAAAUAUAAGUUCAGCAGUUCAAGUUCCCUCAAGCUUGAGAGAAUUUGAUGAUUUAGGUAAUGGAGGCAUGUUGAUUGACUCUGGAACUACUUACACUCACCUACCGGAGCCCUUCUAUUCACAGCUUCUUUCUGUGCUUCAGUCCGCAAUUAGCUACCCUCGGGCCAGUGAAGUAGAAGCACGAAGCAGCUUUGAUCUUUGCUAUAGAGUUCCAAAUUCAAGUAACAGCAUCACUUUAUUAGAUGAUCUCCCUUUAAUCACUUUCCAUUUCUUGAACAAUGUGAGCGUAGUAAUACCUCAAGGAAAUCACUUCUAUGCCAUGGGAGCUCCAAAUAAUGGAACAGUAGUGAAAUGCUUACUGUUUCAAAGUAUGGACGAUGGCGAUGAUGGGCCUGCUGGAAUCUUUGGAAGUUUCCAGCAGCAAAAUGUGGAGGUUAUCUAUGACUUGGAGAAGGAGAGAAUCGGAUUUCAACCAAUGGAUUGUGCAACUGCUUCAGCUUUUCACGGGCUUCACAAGACCUGAGACUACGCAUGCAGUCAACGGUUGUUCUUGUUUACUCUUAAUGGGACAUUUACUAAUAAACAAUGGUAAACUCCCUUAGUUUGGAUUAUAUUGUUUGCUUGUAUUUCUUUAAUGAGUUCUAAAGUUGUGCAUGUGCUUCAGACUGCAUUUGGCUUUCAUAUGUGAUACUUUAUAAGCACAAAGUGUAACUUUAUGUUCUGAAUCACCCUAAACACUUGAGCUGGAUAUUCUCUUAAACAUGACUUUAACUGUCUAAGAUACAAAGCUAAAGG